AUGCGCGCCUCGUCGUUGCUGCUCGCUGCCGCCUCGACUCUGCUGGUACCCACCGUCUCUGCAGUCCCCUCUCAUCCGCAACCACCACCACUAUCCCAGCAACCAUCGCAUCGCCCGGUAUGGCGCUCCGUCACCGACGCCAUAGUUCGCAACAUCUGGAAUCCGCCGGUAAACUCUCAAUCUGAGCCCGCUGUCAAUCCUCUACCGCACCACAAGCACAGUGACGACGUCGUUCUCCGAUUCAACAUCACCAAUGCUCAGGAUGCCUCGAGCCUCGCCGAUGCUGCCGACACUCUCUUCCUCGACCUGUGGGAGUUUACGGAUGAUUGGGUCGACAUCAGAAUGCAGAAAGACUUGAUUCCCUCGCUGCUCGGCUUGCUGCCUUCUUCGUUACACCAAGCACAUAAUUUGCUCAUGGACGAGUUCACCCUGCAGAAUGCCAUCUCAGAUACAUAUCCUUCUUCUCGCUCCACCCGUAUGCUUCAGUCCAAUGCUCCUACCCACCAUGAUGCCUUCGGUCCUAAGCUUGGUCCAUCCUCGUCUGACAAUAUCUUCUUCAACGACUACCAACCGCUAUCUGUCAUUCAACCUUGGAUGCGACUGAUGGCCUCCCUGUUUACAACUCACGUGCGUGUAAUCAACGUCGGCACAACCUAUGAAGGCCGCCACAUCCCUGCCCUGCGUAUCGGUGUCCACCCAACCAACAAUGACUCUCCUGAACGUCGCAAGACCAUCUUGAUCACCGCUGGUCUGCACGCUAGAGAAUGGAUCUCAACCAGCACUGUCAACUACAUUGCAUACUCGCUUAUCACAGGCUACGGAAAGAGCCAUGUCAUUACCAACCUUCUCGAGGAGUUUGACUGGGUUCUUGUUCCCACUCUGAAUCCAGAUGGAUACGCCUACACCUGGGAAACCGAUCGUCUGUGGCGCAAAAACCGUCAACAGACUUCUCUCCGUUUCUGCCGUGGCCUCGACCUUGACCGAAGCUUCUCUUACCAGUGGGAUGGUGCAGCAAACACGAGAUCGAAUCCUUGUAGUGAGUCUUUUUCGGGUUCCGCGCCCUUCGAUGCUUUCGAGUCGAAGAGUCUGGCUGGCUGGGUACGCAACGAGACUGAGCACAACAAUGUUGAUUUCGUGGGUCUGCUCGACCUGCACUCAUAUUCGCAGCAGAUCUUGUAUCCUUACUCCUACACCUGUGACGAAAGUCCUCCCAACCUGGAAAACUUGCAGGAGGUUGCCGCCGGUUUGUCAAAGGUUAUGCGUCUUUCGGGUGGACGCUACUAUCAAUCUGCUCCUGCUUGCGAGGGCAACGUCGGUUAUGCCGCUAGUGGCGACCGUCAAGUCUUCCCUCGCUUCGAGAUAGGUGGUGGCAGUUUCCUUGAUUGGUUCUAUCAUGACAUCAAGGUCAAGUACACCUACCAGCUCAAGCUCCGUGAUCGCGGCACUUAUGGCUUCCUGCUCCCCAAGGACCACAUUGUCCCUACAGGCAAGGAAGUUCUGGAUGCCGUGAUCUACUUUGANAAGUUCCUCGGCGGUCAGCUCAACUUUGCUGUCGAUGAGGAGAAGCAGAGUAAUCUCAAGCAGUCCGAGCAGCAUGACCAAAGUCAGGAACUUGUUAAGGAUGUGGAGGAUGAGCUCGAAGACGAAAACGAAAGCAUCAUGUGGGAAUUGAGGCGGCGAAGACGUGUUUGA